CCGACUCAAGGAACGCGGCGGGUGCCCCGGAAGCGGAAGUGUAUCCUUUGCAGAAAGGCUGGAUUACACAGAGUGGUGACGUUUCCUCAUUGGGCGGAAGGUUCGGUGGCUGUCGUCGGACUUCCAGCUGGUGGGAGUUGGCGUCGCGGUGCUGGGCGCCGGGACCCUAGUUUAUUUAGUUCCGGAGCCGGGCCGUGGGGUGGCAGCUGCCUGUCGGACCCCCCGCUUUCGCUGGCUUCCUCCCACGGCGUGGGGCUAAGAGAAGAGGUCCCUGGCCCCUCCGGGCCACGGCGGUAGCGGUGCUCUUUGCGGUUUUCUUAUAGCUAUAAUUUAAAGCCUUCAAGAUGGUGCUAGCAGACCUUGGAAGGAAAAUAACAUCAGCAUUACGCUCAUUAAGCAAUGCCACCAUCAUCAACGAAGAGGUUCUAAAUGCUAUGCUAAAAGAAGUAUGUACAGCAUUAUUGGAAGCAGAUGUUAAUAUUAAACUAGUGAAACAGCUAAGAGAGAAUGUAAAGUCUGCUAUUGAUCUUGAAGAGAUGGCAUCUGGUCUUAACAAAAGAAAAAUGAUUCAGCAUGCAGUAUUCAAAGAACUUGUAAAGCUGGUAGACCCUGGAGUUAAAGCAUGGACACCCACGAAGGGGAAACAGAACGUGAUCAUGUUUGUUGGAUUGCAAGGCAGUGGUAAAACAACAACUUGUUCAAAGCUAGCAUAUUUUUACCAGAGGAAAGGUUGGAAGACCUGCUUGAUAUGUGCAGAUACAUUCAGAGCAGGGGCCUUUGACCAAUUAAAACAGAACGCUACCAAAGCAAGAAUUCCGUUUUAUGGAAGCUAUACAGAAAUGGAUCCUGUUAUCAUUGCCUCUGAAGGAGUGGAAAAAUUCAAAAAUGAAAAUUUUGAAAUUAUUAUUGUUGAUACAAGUGGUCGACAUAAACAAGAAGACUCUUUGUUUGAAGAAAUGCUUCAAGUAUCUAAUGCUAUACAACCUGAUAACAUUGUUUAUGUGAUGGAUGCCUCCAUUGGACAGGCUUGUGAAGCCCAAGCUAAGGCUUUUAAAGAUAAAGUAGAUGUAGCCUCAGUAAUAGUAACAAAACUUGAUGGCCAUGCAAAGGGAGGUGGAGCGCUUAGUGCAGUUGCUGCCACAAAAAGUCCAAUUAUUUUCAUUGGCACAGGGGAACAUAUAGAUGACUUUGAACCUUUCAAAACACAGCCUUUCAUCAGCAAACUUCUUGGUAUGGGUGAUAUUGAAGGACUGAUAGAUAAAGUCAAUGAGCUGAAGUUGGAUGACAAUGAAGCACUUAUAGAAAAAUUAAAACAUGGUCAAUUUACAUUGAGAGACAUGUAUGAACAAUUUCAGAAUAUCAUGAAAAUGGGCCCCUUCAGUCAGAUCUUGGGGAUGAUCCCUGGUUUUGGAACAGAUUUUAUGAGCAAAGGAAAUGAACAAGAAUCAAUGGCAAGACUAAAGAAAUUAAUGACAAUAAUGGAUAGUAUGAAUGAUCAAGAGCUUGACAGUACUGAUGGUGCCAAGGUUUUUAGCAAGCAACCAGGAAGAAUCCAGAGGGUAGCAAGAGGAUCAGGUGUGUCAACAAGAGACGUUCAAGAACUUUUGACACAAUAUACCAAAUUUGCACAGAUGGUCAAAAAGAUGGGCGGAAUCAAAGGACUUUUCAAAGGUGGUGACAUGUCUAAGAAUGUGAGCCAGUCACAAAUGGCAAAACUGAAUCAACAAAUGGCCAAAAUGAUGGACCCAAGAGUUCUUCACCAUAUGGUGUGUGACUUUCUUGGAGAGAAGAUUGCAUCUGCUUUGGGCAUCAGCACCCCUAAAUACCAAUAUGCCAUUGAUGAAUAUUACCGGAUGAAGAAAGAGGAGGAAGAGGAAGAGGAGGAAAACAGGAUGUCUGAAGAAGCAGAAAGACACCACCAACAGAAUAGGCUGCAGACGGAUACCAUUGUUCAGACAGAUCAACCAGAAACUGUAGUAUCCAAUUCAUUUGUGAAUCUCAAUUUUGAAAUGGAGGGAGACUGUGACGUAAUUACAGAAAACAAACAAAAUCCAGUCUCUGUUCCACCAUAGAAUGAAAUGACUAUUAAGCUUCGAAUUUUAAGGUGGUUUUUAUACCAGGAACUUUCACAUUUCUCUAUUCAGUACAAGUUAACACAGUUAUUUAUAUUUUAAAUUCUUAUCUGUUAAGGGGAAAAAUAAUUUCUUUACUUAUGCUCUAUUUAGUAAAAACCAGACCUGAAAUUUGAAUAUUUGUACUAUACUCUUACUGUGUGUCAGAUUAGUGCUUUGGUUUUAAAAUGAUCUUUAAAAAAAAAGACUUUCUGGAGGAGUCUUAAUUGCCAAUUAAGAGGCUAGAGUUCAAGCUUGUUUUUUGUUUGUAAUGAGAAAAACAAAACUCAUUGCUGAUUAAGGCUAAUUAGAGCUACUAUUACUUGUCUCAGAUAAAAUGAGUAUUUCCCCCUAGAUUUUCUCAUGUUAUCUUACAUUCAUAUAUCUAACCAUUAAUUUCACAGUAUAGAUGGUUUACUGCAUGUGCAGUAUAAAAAAGGAGCAAGUAGGGAGUCGAGCUGUAGUGCAGUGGGUUAAGUGCAGGUGGCGCAAAGCGCAAGGACCGGCAUAAGGAUACCAGUUCGAGUCCCUGGCUCCCCACCUGCAGGGGAGUGGCUUCACAGAUGGUGAAGCAGGUCUGCAGGUGUCUGUCUUUCUCUCCCUCCUUUGUCUUCCCUAUCUCUCUCCAUUUCUCUCCGUCCUUCCUAUCCAACAACAAUAAAAAAAAAAACAAGGGCAACAAAAGGGAAUAAAUAAAUAUUUAAAAAAAAAGGAGCAAGUUAAAGCAUUUUGAAUUUUCUUUCCUUGAGAAGAUAUUAAUGCAUGGAAAGGUGAUUAAGUUUAUAACACCAAAUAUUAAGAUGGGUUUCCAUUAAUUUUUUAUUUUAUAGUAGUGAUUCAAAUAACUAGUUUUGAACAUCUUAAACACUAGAUACAGAUUGGUUAAUGUAUUUGUACUGAAUUGGUAUUGUUUAUUGAAUUAUUACUUGGCAUCUAAGAUACGUUACUCACCCUUGAAUGCCUCUUAUGGGCAAAGUAAUUGGGGGUGAGGCACGGAAUAUUUAACUCCCUUUGGGGGCUCACUGUUAAAUACUGCACAAAGUACAGUGGUAGCAUAGUCAAGUUGCUUGCUAGUCAUCUUGAGUAACAAUAAUAGACAGUUAACUUUGACCUCAGUUAACCAUCCCUCUCAUACUUCCAAAGCAAACCUCAAGAAGUUUGAAAGCAUUUUUGAAAAUAUUCUUAAAUAUGUGUUCAGAAUCUUAAAUGAUGUCUGUAUGACUAGUUAAAUGUGGAUAAGAAAGAAUGUUUGGGUCAUUUCAGAAAUGCUCUUAAAAAGCAUUCACAAACCUAAAGGACACUUUGAAAUUGUUAAUAGCCUUCUAAGAAGCUUUAAGUUUCCAAUUGUAAAUAUGCCUAAGUAAAAUAUGGCUUCAAAGAAACCUAUUACGGAAAUGGACCUAUUAUGGAAAUCUACUAUAAAUGAACAUGAACAUCUGGCCACUAAAUCCUUCAACUGAUAUUUGAAGGAGUUAGGAAAAGAGAAUCUUGUUAUGUGAAGCUACAGAGUUUUAAGCUACAUUAAUUGAUAAUAAUAGUAAUUCUUGGUAUGUGAUUGUAAUCUUUCCAGUCAUGUUUUGAAUUCUAUGUAAAUUAAUGCUUAAAGGAUUAAUCUAAAGAUUAAUAUAUAAUGUUACCAUAAAUUACAAUAUAUCAAUAGCAGUAAAACAUGCUAACCCUUUGUCUUCCUUCUAAUUUGUUUUUAACUUGGAGAUCAUAGCAUCAGUUCAGAUAUUUGGUUAUCCAGUGAAAAGUAGACAGACUGAAAAGUUAUCUUGAUCUUCUCUCCAUAGGUUUAGAUCUAAGAGUUGAUUUACCUAGAAACUUUUCUGACUGUAGUUGAAGAUGAUCACUUCUGAAGAUUUUGUUUCUUGAACUGUUUUCUCUACUUGUUGAGAGGUGCCCAAUUUGUUUAUAUAGUUCACUGUGCCUUAAAAUUUUAUAUUUAUGCAAACUAUAAAAAUUCCCCUAAAUGCAUUAAAAUGGUUUUAUCUUUAA